AUGAGUUCAGGAAAAAAGAAAUUGACAGAUGAAGAAGUUCGAGAAAUGAUAGAAGAUAGUGAUGAUGAGGACUUCAGUAACGGAAGUGAUGAAGAAUUCGUACCGAGUGGAGAAGAGCUGGAAGACUCGGAAAUGGAAGAUGUCAUCGAAGACAUCGAAUAUGAUAGAAACUAUGUUUGCGAAAGCCAACCAAAUGAAAACGAUAGGAAUCAAGCAUCGUCUAGUCCUUCCGAAUCAACCGACGAGGAAAGCGACCCUGUAAGAGGAAGCCCACGCCAGCUUCCGUUUGAACAACAAGAAAAUUUGAUAUGGUUAAGUGAUGUAUUAGCCUUAGGAAGAGAAAACUUUUCUGGCAAUCCGGGGGUUCGAAAUAUUGAAGAAAUAUUAGACGAAGAUCGAAAAGUCAAUAUUAUAAAAAUAUUUGAAUACUUUUUGGAUGAUAGUCUGAUUGAAGAAAUGGUUACGCACACAAAUAAUUACGCCCAGACUUACCAAAAUGUUCGAAGCGGACUACACAGCAGAAUGAAACGAUGGAAACCUGUGGACAAAGGCGAUUUGAAAAAAUUUUUCGGUAUAAUUAUGUUCAUGGGUGUAAAAAUAUUACCGUCAAUAGAACAUUAUUGGAAGUUAGAUAUUUUGUACUAUUGUCCACUUAUGCAUUCCAUUCAGAUGUCAUACAACAGUUUAUAUGUUCCACCGGAAGUUAUCGUUGUAGACGAGUCGAUGAUUAAAUUUUACGGAAGAUUACGAAUAAAAACGUACAAUCCUUCUAAAGCCAGCUCUUAUGGUAUAAAAGUAUAUAAGCUCUGUACAGUAACCAGCUAUACAUGGUCUUACGAAAUUUAUGCGGGUGCCUCUAUUCAGUAUGAGGGGCUAGAUAAACCUGGAACUGUCGUUGCAAAAUUAUGCGAGCCACUUCUAGAUCAAGGACGAGUACUUAUUGCUGACAACUACUAUACCAGUGUUCCUUUGGCAAAAUACUUAAAAGAUCGUAAAACUGACUUAUGCGGAACCUUACGAAAAAAUCGAGUGGGAUUGCCAUUGAACGUUACCAAAUCGAAACUGAAAAAAGGACAAUGUGUCGCUAGACAAAAAGAUAACUAUAUUACCGUGUUGCAUGAUAAACGUGAUGUUCUCAUGAUAUCCACUUGUCAUGGGGACGAGAUGACCAGCGUGCGUACGAGAUUGGGUGAAACAUUGAAGCCAAAUGCCGUCAUCGAUUACAACGAUGCAAAGAAGGGCAUAGAUGUUGCAGGCCAGCUUUCCUCAUAUCAUUCUCCGUUGCACAAAAGUCUGACUUGGUUCAAACAAGUUGCUGUUGACUUGCUUUUUAGAGUAGCGGUGGUUAAUGCGAGAUGCAUAUACAACGAGUAUUCCACCGGGGCUCCACUUACCAUGCUAGAAGUCCAGGAGCAAAUUAUUCGACAUCUUCUUGGACCUUCUGCAAACGUAACCACACCAGCUAGGCCUCCCUCCCAAGGGCUGUCGACACAUAAGCUAACAGAAAUUCCUCGACGAAACAACAUGCUUGUGCGAAAACGUUGUACAAAUUGCUACACAAAAUUACGCAAGGAAGGAAUGCCGGCUGCCUCGAAAGCCAAGCAAGUGCAUACGGAAUGUAUUCAGUGCCAGAAAGCUUUUUGUUUAGACUGCUUCAAUAACGUUCAUUGUUGA